ACAAGGGGAGGAACCAUGUCAGCUGAGACAGUUCCUGUGUACACAGCUAUGGACGACCGGUACUGAACGUCAACACAGCACAGUUAGUUUACCAGUUCUCUACCAUCACCACACUGUGGGUACCCGGCAAGGGAGUUCAGCGGGUCUGAGCAGAAUUCCUUCCCAUUAGUUGACGAUGACGCUCCGGGAUUGGUGGAGAGAGCACAAGCAUGACCUGCGAACGGUCAUCACCGUGGAACCGCUUACGUUCUUAUUCACGAUAUCUUUGUUUCUCACUUUUCCAGCUUCACAGGCGCUGUACAUCCAGAAAUUAUGCCUGGCUAAGUACAAAGAUGACGUUAUAUGUAAUAACCUGAGCGCAUACCAUGUACAGCAAGACUAUGUCCAGACGGAAACCUCGAGGUUCUUUCUGUACAGCAUCAGUGUAGAUACCUUGUUGGCCAUGGGGUCGGCUUUGUUCAUGGGCUCCUGGGGAGACAAGAUAAAUCGCAAGAUCCCCAUGAUCCUGCCUAUCACUGGACAAAUCUUGGCCAAUGUGAACUAUUUUAUCAACUCGUUCAACCCGGACUGGCCCGUCCCCAUGCUUCUGAUCAGCCCUGUGUUCGCGGGCACCAUGGGGGGAUUUGCCACCUACCUUCUCUCCGUGUUCAGUUACGUCUCUGUAGUGUCUCAGGGCGCCAAAGAACGCAUCAUCCGCCUUAGCAUAACUGAGGGUAUCCUCCAACUUGGCGCUGCUGUGGCCCUGGUCAUAUCAGGCCCGCUAGUAGAGCGCCUGGGGUUCUCUGUCACCUUCGGGGUAUCCGUCGCAAGCGCCACGCUAUCUUUGCUCUAUACGGUCUUCUGGAUCAGGGACCCAGCGGUAAAAACAAAGAAUACAGGCGAUGAGGGCGAAGAGAAGAAACGCUCCUUGUGUUCAAAGUUGUUUGAUUGCAGCCACAUCAUAGAAUCCGUGAAAUGUUACUUCAAAGUGCGGAAGGGAUAUCGCAGAUUUGUGCUGUGGUCAUGUUUGGUGAUAUUCAUGGUGAUUAUGGUGACUCUCGGAGGGUCUUUUGACAUCUCUCUGUUGUUCCUGCGUUACUCUAUUCCUAACUGGACCCUGACUCUGUACGGCAUAUACACUGGCCUGAAGAACGCUCUGCAGAUGCUAGGGUUGCUGGUUAUCCUUCCUCUUUUCAAGAGGUUCCUGGCUCUAGAAGACACCAGUCUGGUCAUCAUUGGUCAGGUGAGCUCUGUCUUAGGACAGGUGCUCCUCGCUUUCAGCAACACAGUGUGGAUGGUGAUGUUAGUGCCCUUUGCUGGUAUGUUGUCUGGCCUCAGCAGUGCUGCCCUCAGGAGUAUUGUGGCCAAGAUGGUGGGUCCCGAUGAGCAGGGGAAAGCGUUCGCGUUCCUUGGCUGUGCACAGGCUCUUAGCAUUCUCAUGGCUAGCCUGAUCUUUAACAACCUGUACCCGGCCACCCUCCACUUCCUCCCCGGCUUGUCCUAUCUCAUCUGUGCACUCUUUACGGUGGCUGUCAUGGCGCUCACUAUUGUUAUGCGGUGUUACAUGCCAGUAGAAGAGACCACAAACACCCAAGACGAUCAAACACUGGAUAAGUCAGCACUGGUGAUGGGCAUCGAAGAAACGGAGCAAUACAUGGCGUAGUUCGUCACAGAGAGAUGGCGGACGGACAGGUGGGAGGCAGACAGACGGGAAGACUAGAAGAGAGGCAGACGGACAAAAAGACCUUCUUAUAAAUUCUUCAGAAAAUGUACUAAGCCAAGUUCACACAUAUAUCAUAUAGAAAAGGACAAAAACAUUUAUUUAUAUUCAAAAUAAAAAAGGCCAAUUGUAUAGGACCCGGGUAUGGUGUAAUAAAUUUAUUUCUGUGACCGGGUAGAUCAAUAUAACGCAGUUGGUUGGUUCAAAGUUUAUUCAACCAUAAAUUCCAAUCCAAUAAAACAGUAGAAUAAAAACAAAACCCCUAAAAGAGAUAUACAAAGAUAUUUUUAUAAUACAGUCGUAAUAUGAUUUCUAUGAUAUAAUAAAUGAUGCUACCAAUUUAACAUGUUCAUCUUAAAUUAAACUACCAGUCUUACUACAAAUCAAUGCACAAUGUCCGAGAGGGCGUUGUUUAAUGACUGAAACGACGAAUUACAAGACAAGAGGAUGUCUGUAAUGUGAGUCUGAAAGAGGAAUGAAAAAUAGUAGUGGAAACACUUCUAUUGUAAAUACGGAAAUACGAUAGGAAAUUCAAAAAGAUAGAAACUGAAAUACUACAUUAACCAACUCACCAACACCAGGCACUGUUAGCCUUUCCGCCGUCUCAGUGCUUGAAAUUGGCGCGCUUAGGCUUUAUAUCUAUUGAAUGGUCACGAGAUGUAUGACCAGAUAUCAAGAUGACCAUGUAUCACGUGAUGUAAGACCA